UCUCCCCUCGGUGAGCAGCUGGCUCUGCCUCCUCCGCAGUCUCCGCCGCUGGCUCCGGAGGUGCUGGCCAGCGGUGCAGGGCAGCUCCGGCCCAGGCAGGCAGCGGGGAUCCUGCAGCAGCGCCCCCGCCCUCCUCCCUCCCUCCGUCCGCAGCUCCUGGUGAUCACCUCGCCCGGAGCUCUUUGAUUCCUACUGGGCAGCGCCCUGGGGCGGAAUAAGCUUCACAGACAAAAGAGAAGAAUAAAAUGGACAAGACGCUCCUGUGGUUGAUCCUCUUCACCCUGGGGUGGGCCCUCACUGGUGGGUCAGAGACGGAGCAGGAUGCCAUGUGGCAUUUGGGGAAAGUGCCCCGGGUUGUCCGGGAAAGGACUUUCCAGCUCACGAGCCCCAAGUUCGAGGCGGAGGCCCAGAUGGUGCUGAGGAACGUGUGUGGCAUCGAGUGCCAGGAGGAGCUCCCCGCGCCCAGCCUGUGGGACCUGGAGGAGGCUCUCUCCUACGAGACCGUCUUUGAGAACGGCACCCGCACCCUGACCAGAGUGAGGGUGCAGGGCCUGGCCCCGGAGCCCCCGGGGCCCGCGCACAACACCACCGCGAGGAGGAGGAGGAGGAGGAGGCAGGUGUACGGCACCGACAGCCGGUUCAGCAUCUCAGACAAGCGGUUCCUGACCAGCUUCCCGUUCAGCACGGCCGUGAAGCUGUCCACCGGCUGCAGCGGCGUGCUCGUGUCCCCCCGGCACGUGCUGACCGCAGCCCACUGCGUCCACGACGGGCGGGACUACGUGAAGGGGAGCAGGAAGCUGCGGGUGGGGCUGCUGAAGAUGAGGAAGAAACGGGGCGGCCGGAGACUCCGGGGCUCCAGGAGGAGCAGGAGGGAAGCGGAAGGUGAUGCGCAGAGAGGGGGCGGCAGCAGCAGAGAGGACCCCAAGGAGGGAGCCAAGGCUGGGGGGAGGAGAAGGAAGAGCUCUGCUGGGGGUCAGAGAGGUGCUGUGGGUCAGGGAAGAGGUGCUGGGGGUCAGGGAGGCCCUGGGGGCCAGGGAGGACCUGGGAGUCAGGGAGGCCCUGGGGGCCAGGGAGGACCUGGUGAUCAGAAAGAUUCUGGGGAUCAGAGAGGGCCUGGGGGUCGGAGAGGACCAGGGGGCCAGGGCAGAGGUGCCGAGGGCAGGCCCUCGUUCCAGUGGACCCGGGUCAAGAACACCCACAUCCCCAAAGGCUGGGCCUCGGGCGGGAAGGGCGCCGCCCUGGACUACGACUACGCGCUGCUGGAGCUGAAGCGCGCGCACAAGCAGAAGUUCAUGGAGCUGGGCGUCAGCCCGGCGCCGCGGGGGCUGCCCGGCGGCCGCAUCCACUUCUCCGGCUUCGACCGGGACCGCGCCGACCAGCUGGUGUACCGCUUCUGCAGCGUGUCCGACGCCUCCCGCGACCUGCUCUACCAGCACUGCGACGCGGCGCCGGGCUCGGCGGGCUCCGGGGUGUACCUGCGCCUGCGGGAGCCCGGGCGGCGCUGGGCGCGCAGGGUCAUCGCCGUGCACGCGGGUCACCAGUGGGUGCACGUGGGCGGCCAGCAGCAGGACUACAACGUGGCCGUGCGCAUCACGCCGCUCAAGUUCGCCCAGAUCUGCCUCUGGAUGCACGGCCAGGAUGCCGACUGCACCGCCGGGUGACGGACGGCACCCCGAAACCCGGGCCGUGGGCACCCCGAAACCAGGCCAUGGGCGACCCGCAGCGCAGAGGAAAACCGGUUCCUUUAUUGUAGCAAGAUCUCCGCGCAGAGGAUGCCUGGACACGAACUCUAGGAACAGCAUGUCCAUGUGUGUAUACAUCUACUUUCUCAAAAUCAGCAGGUUUCCCUGAAUGUAAAAGCCGUGUAGGGUAAAGGUAUCGGAUGGGUAUGUUCCAUGCCACGUAUCUAUUCUUCUUCGCAUGGUCGUAGGUUUGGUUUUUGGAAAAUAAUUUUGUUGUUGUUGUUGUUAUUCUCCUUCUAGCCUUCUUAAGAAUUAGACACACUUUAAAGCUUCGAGCUAGUGCUGUCAACAAUAUGAUUUCUCAGUGGCGUGCUCCCAGGGUCGGUCCUACUCUAAGAAGAAUCUAAUGUGGUGCUGGUGGCAAAUUAAAUGGGCCGAGUUAGAGGCAAAACAUUUGCAACAGUUAGGACUGUUCUGAGAUGGGCCCAUUCGGUGCAUGCCCUCCAUGUUUAUAUUGCUUUCACUUGGGCCUGAGAAACUUUAGUUUUUUGUUUUUAUAUAUUUUAUUGAUUUUUUUACAGAGAGGAAGGGAGAGGGAUAGAGAGUUAGAAACAUCGACGAGAGAGAAACAUCC